AAGAAGGAGGACGAGGACGAGAAGGAGAACGAGGAGGCGGCGGCGGCGAAGCGGGAGCGGCCCGGUCCGGUCGCUUCUUCCUUUCUCCCGCGGGGAAGGUGAAGGCAGCGGCGGCGGAUGGACACCCCGUGCCCGGCGCGUUGGCAGAGAACGCCCAAGGCCGUGCCCACCCGUUGAAGCCCGGGACUGGCUUGCAGCCGGGCGGCCCGAGGGGCCGGAGCAGGAGCCCCCGAGGGCGCCAUGGUGAGGCCCUCCCCGGCCUGACCGCCGGGCCGUCCGUGCGUCCCGGAGGGGUCGGGGACCCCCAGCCCUCCCCGCGGCCAUGAGCACCGAGGGGUUCCAGUACCGAGCGCUGUACGGCUACCAGAAGGAGCGGGAGGAGGACCUGGACCUGCACCCGGGCGACGUCCUCACAGUGAACAAGGGCUUCCUGGUGGCCCUGGGCCUGGGCGCAGGGGCCGAGGCCCGGCCCGAGGAGAUCGGCUGGCUGACCGGCGCCAACGAAAGCACCGGGGAGCACGGGGACUUUCCUGGCACCUACGUGGAGUACGUCGGCCACAAGGAGCUCUCCCCGCCCACCCCGAAGCCCCGCCCCCCGCGCCCGCUCCCCGUGGCCCCCGGCCCCUCCGCCAGGCCCCGGCCCGACGGCGAGUCUCCAGGGCCCGCGCCCCCAGAGUUGGCUGAGCUAUUCUCCCCACCGUCCACCACCGCCCCCCCGGUGCUCAUCCGCCUGCUGGAGGCCAUUGAGAAGAAAGGUCUGGAAUGUCCAACUCUGUACCGGACCCAGGGCUCCGGGAGUCCCGUUGACCUGCGGCAGCUUCUUGACGGCGGGGGUGGUGCGGACCUGGAAUCGGUCGAAUUGCCGGUCCUGUCGGAGGCGGUCAGAUGGUUCCUGCUGGAGCUGCCGGGCCCCGUGAUCCCCGUGGAUGUGCAGAGCGAGCUCCUCUCCGGACCCCAAGAGCCACGGAGCGCGCAGGAGGAUGCCUGGCGGCUACGGGCCCUGCUGAGGCCUCCCGCGGUCCCCGACCAGCACCGCCUCACGCUCCAGUUCCUGCUCGCGCACUUCUGCCGCCUCUGCCGCGCCUCCCCCAAGAACCUCCUGACCGCCCGGGUGUUGGCCGACGUCUUCAGCCCCCUGCUGUUCCGGGGGCUGCCGUCCAGCACCGAUAAUGAGGAACGCCUCGCGCAAACCCUGGAGGCUCUGAUCGUCGGCGAGUGCAGCGACCGGCAGUCGGCACCAGCUCUGCCCCCGAAGCCCCCGAAGUCUCCGGCGGUGGCUAACAGCACCGCGAACUCCGGCAUGUCCCUGCAGGAUGCUGAGUGGUACUGGGGAGAGAUCUCCAGGGAGGAGGUGAAUGAGAAGCUGCGGGACACGGCGGAUGGCACCUUCCUGGUCCGUGACGCGUCCACCAAGAUGCACGGGGAUUACACGCUCACGCUGAGGAAGGGUGGAAACAACAAGCUCAUCAAGAUCUUUCACCGGGACGGCAAGUAUGGCUUCUCGGACCCGCUGACGUUCUCCUCGGUGGUGGAGCUGGUGGACCACUACCGGAACGAGUCAUUGGCUCAGUACAACCCCAAGCUGGACGUGAAGCUCCUCUUCCCCGUGUCAAAGUUCCAGCAGGACCAGGUGGUGAAGGAGGGCAGCAUCGAAGCCGCGGGAAAGAAGCUGCACGAAUACAAUGUGCAGUUCCAGGAGAAGAGCCGCGAAUACGACCGACUGUACGAGGAUUACACACGCACCUCUCAGGAAAUCCAAAUGAAAAGAACCGCCAUCGAAGCAUUCAACGAAACCAUAAAAAUCUUCGAGGAGCAGUGCCAGACCCAAGAGCGGUACAGCAAGGAGUACAUAGAGAAGUUUAAGCGGGAAGGGAACGAAAAGGAGAUACAAAGGAUCAUGCACAACUACGACAAGCUCAAGUCGCGUAUCAGCGAGAUCGUGGACAGCCGACGCCGGCUGGAGGAGGACCUGCGCGCUCAAGCCGCCGAGUACCGUGAGAUUGACAAGCGCAUGAACAGCAUCAAGCCCGACCUCAUCCAGCUCAGGAAGACGCGGGAUCAGUACCUCGUGUGGCUGACACAGAAGGGAGUCCGGCAGAAGAAGCUGAACGAGUGGUUGGGGAACGAGAACAUGGAAGACCCUUACUCCGCGGUGGAGGAAGACGAAGACCUGCCGCACCAGGACGAGCGGACGUGGAACGUGGGCAGCAGCAACCGAGGCAAGGCCGAGGCCCUCCUGCGCGGCAAACGGGACGGCACCUUCCUGGUGCGCGAGAGCAGCAAGCAGGGCUGCUACGCUUGCUCCGUCGUGGUGGACGGCGAAGUCAAGCACUGUGUCAUCAACAAGACGCCUACGGGCUACGGGUUCGCCGAGCCCUACAACCUAUACGGCUCGCUGAAAGAACUGGUGCUACACUACCAGCAUACCUCGCUGGUGCAACACAACGACUCUCUCAACGUCACCCUGGCCUACCCCGUCCACGCCCAACAGCGGCGGUGAGCGGCGCCCUCGCCCCGCACCCCACCCACCCGCGGACAGGGCCGAGCUCGCCUCGGCACCGGACCUGGGGAGGACCCCACCCCCGGCCGGUAAGACCCCCACGGAGGAAGCGGGGUCGGAGCAUCUGCUGGCCACAGAGGCCAGAACCGAGGUGCCCGUCCCCGCUUCCGCAGCCGCAGCGGUCACCGCUCCGGUGAGGCGGAGCUGGGCACAUGCCCCGAGGACCCCGCGGGCCACCCCGGGGUGACCGGAGGAGUCCCAGUCUGACUCCACCGCAACCGGGCCCGGCUUGGACAGGAGAAGGCGACCACUGUUCUCCUCUCCGACCCGGGGCACCUCCAUCAGUGCUAUGCAAAACCCUGAGAGGCCAGGCCCAUUCCCUCUCUGUUGUCACAUCUGUGGUGCGGACGUCCCUCUGGCCCCAUCGGAUGGUCACCUGACCAGGCCGGGCUCCCCUGGUUUUUAUUAAGCUGUUCUUGUUGGGACUUUUUUUAAAAAAAAAAAAAAGACAUACACAACUCGCCCAGAAAAAAGGGCAUGACAACUCCACAUUCUUUCACAGUUUCCUUUGAACAGGGAGCUUGGCUGUUUGUCCAAGGCUAAAAAAAAAAAAAAAAAAAAAAAAGUUCAUAACCAGCGUGUGGACUAAAUAUUCUACGAGGCAGGGUGCCUGAGGAACUUCACAGCUGCUUUGGUCAAUAAAAGGGGGUCCAGAGACCCUGAUCCAGCCAGCCCUUA